UCCAGAUCAGCAAAGCGGCAGUGCGUAGAGAGGAUCGUCGAACAGAACAGCAUGAAGAUGGUCAUCGUUCUCGUCGUGUGCCUGGCUCUGUCAGCUGCCAGCGCCUCUGCAAUGCAGAUGCCCUGCCCCUGCGCGGGGCUGCAGGGCUUGUACGGCGCUGGCGCCGGCCUGACGACGAUGAUGGGCGCCGGCGGGCUGUACCCCUACGCGGAGUACCUGAGGCAGCCGCAGUGCAGCCCGCUGGCGGCGGCGCCCUACUACGCCGGGUGUGGGCAGCCGAGCGCCAUGUUCCAGCCGCUCCGGCAACAGUGCUGCCAGCAGCAGAUGAGGAUGAUGGACGUGCAGUCCGUCGCGCAGCAGCUGCAGAUGAUGAUGCAGCUUGAGCGUGCCGCUGCCGCCAGCAGCAGCCUGUACGAGCCAGCUCUGAUGCAGCAGCAGCAGCAGCUGCUGGCAGCCCAGGGUCUCAACCCCAUGGCCAUGAUGAUGGCGCAGAACAUGCCGGCCAUGGGUGGACUCUACCAGUACCAGCUGCCCAGCUACCGCACCAACCCCUGUGGCGUCUCCGCUGCCAUUCCGCCCUACUACUGAUUCAUGAUAUUUGGGAAAUCUCCUCUAUCCAUCUCUCUCUAUCUAUAUAUGUAAUAAUGCAGUAAGACGACACACAUUAUCAUGUGUGGUAUGACCAAUAAUAUAUGCAUGGUCAUAAUAAAGUUUUGGUUUUAA